AUCGUUUUGUCGGACACAUGUUUAUUCGUAUCUAAGCAAAAGAUCCCUUCUAAAAUGAAGGUAAAAGCCCAACAAACCAACUUUGCUGAUGUCGGAGUCGUGGAAGCAUCCAAGGCUAUCAAAAAGGAGAAAACGAAGACUAAAUCUAAGAAGGACAGUGGUGUUUUAGCUGCAGCAAAUUCUGUAGCGGCAGUGAAACUAAAGGAAACAAAUAAAUAUCAAACGGGUGAAGCACAGUCGCCUAAGAAAAUCAACGGUGAAAAUAGCCAAUUCUCAAAAACAGAAAACUCCACUGGAACAUUGCAACCGGUUAAAAGACAUAAGAAAAAAGAUGCAAAGAGAUUAGCUAGAGCUCAAGCAGCUGCUAACAAUACGACUAAAACCGACAAGGAGCCUUUGGCAACCACCCAAGCCAAAACUGAAGUCGAAGAGAAAACAGAAAAGAAGGCUAGAGCAGGAUCGGAAUGCACAAUUUUUAUUGGGAACUUACCACCAACUACUACCGAGAAAUUGGUUCGAAAUUUGUUCAAAAAGUAUGGACCAAUUUUGGCGGUGCGGUUCCGAACAAAUACUGGGGCAUACGUUGUUCGCAAGGAAUUGAAACAUGCGACAGCAAUCAACUGCUAUGUUCGGUUUGCGAGAAAGGAACAUAUGAGCAAGGCCUGCGAAAUGGAUGGGCAUACUGUCGAGCAAAAUCGCAUCCGCGUUACCCCCCAAGAUGUAAAGCCGCUGGGUUCUGUGGCUUCUACCAUAUUUGUUGGAAAUUUGCGUGCAGGUACCACGGACACUGAGUUGUAUGAUUUCUUUAGCACCGUUGGUGAAAUCGAAUACGUGCGACAGAUUGCAAAUCGAUAUGUCGCUUAUGUCUGCUUCAAGAAGGGGGUUUCACUCAAGAAGGCCUUCAAGUUGGACCAGCAAAAGUUGAACAACAGACCGAUAAGAGUCCAGCAAGUAGAUCCAAAAAUAACCAACAUAAAACGUAACAAAAAGGGUCACCUGGUGAAGAAAAACCGGCUGCCGACUGAUCAAACGACUAGCAAAGACGGGGGUACAAAACCCACUAAAGAUUUUCACGGACAGGUAGUGAAUGAAAGUGCCAAGAAAAAGAAGAAGAAAUCUUUAUCGAAAAGUGCAAAGGCUAAGAGGAACAUCUCUGAGAAGCUGAAGGCGGCCAUGAACGUUGGGAAGAAGUAAGGUGGAAAGAAUGGGAUUUGUUGUAAAAACCAACAUCGUCCAUAAGAAAGGCACAUAAGCCAACGAUGGCAUUGCAGUUUAAAGAUGCUUAUUAUGUUGCGACUGCACCAUAAGUUGUAAGUUCUACAUUUUCCUACGCAAUAAAAUCGUAAACCGAGAA